CCCUCCGGCACCAUGGCUAGUGGCGGCUCUGGCAAGUCCACUACUGAGACAUCCACCCCCAGCGGCAGCUCUUUGCCAAGGAAGAAGCUCGUGGCCACCUGUGACCUCUGCAAGAUCAAGAUGCAGCUGGUAGCGGAUCUGCUCCUGCUAUCCAGCGAGAGCCGGCCCGUCCAUACGGAGAGCUUGUCUGUCUUCGGAGAAUCCUUUGAAAAGUGCAGGGACACCAUCAUCGCCAGGACCAAAGGCCUCUCCAUUUUGACCCAUGACGUCCAGAGCCAACUCAAUAUGGGCCGUUUCACCGAAGUGGGGGACAUCCUGGGGGAGAUGGGGGACUUGGUGGUCUCUUUGACAGAGUGCUCGGCCCACGCUGCUUACCUGGCGGCGGUGGAGACGCCAGGGGCUCAGCCAGCUUCACCCGGCUUGGUGGAUCGCUACAAGGUGACCAGAUGUAAGCACGAGGUGGAACAUGGGUGUGGGAUCUUGAAGGCCACCCCUCUCGCUGACCUAAGCCCUCAGCUCCUUUUGGAGGUCUCUCAGAACAUGUCCAAGAACUUGAAGUUCCUGACCGAUGCCUGCGUCCUGGCCAGCGAGAAGUCCAAGGAUAGGUUUGCCAAGGAGCAGUUCAAACUUAGCGUCAAAUGCAUGAGCACCAGCGCCUCUGCUCUCCUGGCCUGCGUCCGGGAGGUCAAGACGUCCCCCAGUGAGCUGACACGCAACCGGUGCGUCUUGUUUAGUGGACCUUUGGUGCAGUCUGUGUGUGCGUUGGUGGGCUUUGCCACAGAGCCUCAGUUUUUGGGCAGAGCGGCCACCAUCAACCCAGAGGGCAAAUCUGUCCAGACGGCCAUUUUGGGCGGUGCAAUGAGUGUCGUCUCGGCUUGCGUGCUCCUUACUCAAUGCCUCAGGGAUAUAGCCCAACACAACGACAGUAGCGCCAAGAUGACUGAAUAUAGGGAAAGGUUGAGGAACUCGGCGUGUGCGGUCUCCGACGGCUGCAACCUGUUAUCUCAGGCCCUAAGGGAACGCUCCUCACCCCGGACUUUACCGCCAGCAAAUGCAAAUUCUGUGAAUUAAUCUAUUCAGUUUUAGAUUGCAUGGCCGCCUCUUAACAGAGAAUCCCUUUUCUGCCCCAGAUUUUCUUUUCGUAUACCAAAGAAUUUGUGUAGCGCAGUCCUUUAAUUCUUCUUCUUAUUGCUAAAAUAAUAGUGUGAGGAGGCAGUAAAACCAUGCUUUUUUAGCUUACAUGUCAUAAUCAGCAUGGAUGUCUGUUAUCUGGGGAGGGAACGGGACGCACAUCCCCUCCCCUCCAAAUCUGUAAAUCAUCCAAGCAGCCUUACAUUUAAGCAUGGAACUGUCGGUGGCUUGCCGUGGCCUGAGACUGGCAGGCAGAAUUCUGUUCAGGCAAGCGAGCAACUGCAUUUCCUUCCUUCUGCUUGGUCCAAAAUCAAGGUCAGUUCUUGGAGGACAAGGCUCUCUUCUUUUGCAAGGCCUUGUGUAAAAUGAUUUAAAUUCUCUGUUCUUCUAUUGCUGGCUGC